AUGUCUCUACUUAACUUUCCUGUUGAACUGCUGCAUCAUAUUUUGGAUUAUUGCGAUGCCCAUACGAUUAUUUUUUCGGUUCGUUGUGCCUGCAAGCAACUCUAUGCUAUUUCCAACAGUUAUGGUAGUCAUCAAUUGAAAUAUGAUUCAAAGUUGAAAUCGAGUUUUAAUACGAUUUAUAAUAUCAUUCGGCCUGAAAACGUCGUUUCACUGAUUAUCAUCAAUGAUCAUAAGAAAUCUAAUGAAGUCAAUCCACUGAUUUCAAAUUUCCCAGUUUGCAAAUUUACGCGACUUCGUACACUGACGCUUCAUAAUUUCAAUGACACAGAAUUACAACAUUUUCUGCAAUCAAUAAAAACUGAUUUUCUCGUCUCACUUUCAGUUAUAUCAAGCGAACGGGAUCAUACACAAGCAUGGCUUCUUAUUUUGUCAACAGUUGCUCGAUCUAAAAUUCGAACACUAAUGAUUUUGAAUUAUUUACGUGCUACGAUGGAAAACAUAUCGUGGCCAAUUGAAUACAAACUGGAACAUCUGUCAAUCGAUAAUUGCACAUUUAGCAAUUACUGUGCUAUUCUCCACCAUUGGCCUCGUUUACAAACUUUUGUAAUGAAAGAUUGUACUAUGGACCAUGUGGAUGACAAGAUUUUCUCGUCGCCUGCAUCAACACAGUGUUCACUUUUGAAGUCGUUGGCCAUCACACAAUGUUCACUACCUAUGAAACAUUUGGAAAAGUUACUUUCACUAACAUCUACGCUUGUACAGCUAAAGCUUUGGUUUUAUGAAUGCGGAUCGAACAUUUUAUCAAAUGGUUAUGAUUGGACACACUUGAUCAAAACUAAAUUACCUAUCUUAGAUCGAUUCGAAUUUUUCUUUUCGAAUAGUACUGGAUUUCAUAGAAAUACUAAUUCUACCAGCCUCGCGUUUCUUAUUGAUUCAUUUCGAACAUCCUUUUGGCUUGAAGAGAAAAAAUGGUUUUUUGCUUGUGAUUAUGAGUUUCGACCGCAUAAAAUUAGGAUCUAUACCACCUCGAUCAAAAUAAAUGAUUUCACUGACUCAGUCAGAUGUGAAGUAUUGUCGAUAGACGGCGUUCAUCGUUUUGUGCGAAGAUUGACCCAUAAAAUGGUUGAUGGUAUCGCUGAGGAGUCUCUCAUAAUCUUGGAUCUUGGCAGUAAUCAAAUCGGAGACAAGGGUGCGCAAUAUCUUGCUAACGCUUUGGUUCGUAACAAGACACUCGCCACGCUGAAUCUUUCAUUUAAUAGAAUUGGAUAUCAAGGUGCACAGCAUCUUGCUAAUGCACUACGGCAUAACACGACACUUGUCACGUUGAACCUUAACAAAAACCGAGUCCAAGAACAAGGAGCAGAGUAUCUCGCUGAUGCGCUACAGUACAACACAACGCUUACCACACUCAAUGUUGACGAAGAUGCUAGUGGAUAUUGUGUCGCUGUUCAAGCAGCUGUCAAAAUUCGCAAUGAAAAGACACUCACCAUUUACAAACAAAGAAUCAGUGAAAAAGGUAUACAAUAUUUUGCUGAUAUCUUACGAAGCAACAUGACACUCACUACACUCACACUCUACAAGAAUCAAAUCGGAGAUGAAGGCGCAAAAUAUCUCGCUAAUGCGCUACAAAACAACAGAACACUUACUACAUUGAACGUUCGAUUGAAUGAAAUUGGAGAUGGCGGGGCGCAAUAUUUUGCUAAUGCUUUACAACAGAACAUGACACUUACUUCACUAGACCUUUACAAAAAUCAAAUCGGCGAAAAAGGAGCAGAAUAUAUCGCUAAUGCACUACGCAGUAAUACGGGAGUCGUUACGGUGAAUCUUCGGUUCAAUCCAAUAGGGAGCAACGCAGUACAAUACUUUGUUGAUACCUUACAAACUAACCAUACACUUUAUUGUAUUUAUCUCGAUGGUAGAACUGUUUUACAACCAACACAAAAUGGAUACAAAGAAAACGAACCAGUGAAAUAA